AUGGGACAUGUCAAUCGGGACUGUCCACGUCGUGUCUCAUCAGCUUCAGCAGCUGUUCAGCAAGAUGGGGAAUUAGAGUACGCUCAACCGAUUCAGUCAAUUCAGGAGCUGGAUGAUUUUCGCUUGGAAAUCACACGCCGCGAUCAAGAGAUAAUGGCAAUGGCUGCCAAAAUGAAAACGCUCGAAGAGCAGCAUCAGGAUUAUCAGCGUCACAUUGCUGUCCUCAAGGAAUCAUUAUGCGCUAAAGAAGAACAUUACAACAUGCUGCAAUCAGAUGUUGAAGAGCUGCGUAAUCGGUUACAAGAAAAAAAUCGAAUGAUUGACAAUUUGGAAAAUUUGCUAAAGGAGAAAGAUAAUCAAGUUGAUAUGGCACGAGCAAGGCUCAGCGCAAUGCAGGCACACCAUUGCAGCUCAGAAGGAGCGUUGACAAGCUUGGAAGAAGCAAUCGGAGAUAAGGAAAAACAAAUGCAGCAACUGCGCGACCAGCGCGAUCGAGUUGAAGCGGAGAAAAAAGAGGAACGAGAGCUACACGAACGUGAACUCGCCAAAUUCAAGAUGAAGCUUCACUCUUUGGAUAGCGAGGUAGAAAAGCUAACGACACGUCUGCAUAGAGCACUUGCCGAAAAGGAUCGCCUGGAAGCCAGGUUCAAGGGACCUUAUGUAAUACACAAAUGUUUGCCCAAUGACAGAUAUGUAAUACGAGACAUUGAUGGAGCACAACAAACUCAAAUUCCCUACGAUGGCGUACUCGAAUCAGAUAAACUAAGGAAGUGGAUGUCGCAAGAUGCAGACCCUGCAUCAGUUUGCACAUAG